AUGACGUCCUCUAAGAAUGAAGAAAGUGGUGCUCAGGAUGCAGCAGAACAGAUUAAGGCUGCAGCCUUGUCAGCUGCAAAUUGUUUGAGUCGUGCUCAGGCUGAGCGUGCUGCUGCUAGAAAUGUCAAUGCAAAUGGCCAGAAGGAAGGACCCCGUCGAAGGCAGGAAAGAAAAGAAGCAAAGAGGCAGAUGUAUUUAAUGAGUACUGAGAAACAGGUGAGACUGCAUGAAAGAAGAGACAAGGCGUCAGUUUCGACGCUUGAUGCAGCUUCACAAUGUCAGAAAUGUUUCCAGGCAGGGCAUUGA